AUGGCGUCGCCCAUGCUCCUGAAGCUCUUGAAGCAAUGGGAUCGGGUAAUUGAAAAAGAUGAUUUUACUGUUCUAGAGCCCGCAUCUGAUGGCCGGGAAAACAUCUUAAUCAUGACCGAUGUGUUUUCAAAAUAUGUACAGGCCAUUCCAACUAGAAACCAAACAGCGGCAGCAGUAGCUGAGGCUUUAGUUAGACAUUGGUUCUAUGUUUUUGGAGUCCCUCGCCAGAUACAUUCUGACCAAGGACGUUGUUUUGAGGCUAAAGUGAUACAGGAGUUGUGUCACGUUUACAACAUCACAAAAACUAGGACGACACCAUACAGACCUCAAGGCCUACUGGUGUCCACAGCUCUAGCCACACUAAAAGAUGGACAGGCAUACGUUCCAGUUACAAACGUCAACAGUGAAGUAGCCUACCUUCAGCCACGAACCUCGUUGGGUCUACUGCACUCGGUCCAUGUAGUGGAGGCCAAUAGUCCCACAAUUGUGUUUAAUGAGGAGACUGAUGCUCAAGCUUUCUCCCAUGAUAUUGAGUUUCAGCUGAGGGCCGCAAAUGAUGCCUAUGCCCAGGAUGGAACUGUGAUGGUCAUCUCAAAGGGUGUGAAGAGUGAAAUACUGGACAGACUUGUUGAUAUCAUGUCCAAAAUCACAGCCUAUCCCAACGCAGACCACUAUGAAAGUGUAGCCAAAGCUCUUGUUGCAAAGAACCCGUGUCUCAGCGAGCCAGGGUCAG